AUGGCCUCCGAAAAUGACAACGAUGUUGAAAUGAACGAAGAAGAAAAUGGAUCAACUAGCAAACCUAAACGUCAAGUUUAUUUGCCAGGAGAUGAAAUGGAAGAUGGAGAACAGUUAGUUUGUGAUGAAUCAGCUUAUCACUUGUACCAUCAGGCCCAGACAGAUUCACCCUGUUUAAGUUUUGAUAUAUUGAGUGAUCAUCUGGGAGAGAAUCGUGAAGAAUACCCCCAUACCUGUUAUAUGGCUGCUGGUAGUCAGACUGAUGGUAUUAAAACUAAUAAAAUAAUUGUGAUGAAGAUGAGUAAUUUAAAUGAAACUAAGAAGAAAGAUGAUGACGAUGACAGUGAUGAUGAUGAUGAUGAAGAUGAUGAUCCAGAAUUAGAAACUGCUACAGUCAAACAUGAUGGUUGUGUCAAUAGAAUAAGGGUAAGUAUACUAGGUGAGAAGAAUGUUGCAGCUACCUGGUCAGAGAAGGGUAAAGUUUAUAUCUGGGAUUUAACCAGACCAAUUAAUGCUUUAAACAGUUCAGAUGUGAUGGGUGAAUACACUAGAACACAAGAAUCUCCACAACCUAUACAUGUAUUUAAAGGUCAUAAAACUGAAGGUUAUGCUUUAGAUUGGUCCAAACUAUCACCAGGUAAACUAUUAUCUGGUGACUGUAAGAAAGAUAUACAUCUAUGGACACCAACAGCUUCAGGGUGGGAUGUUAGUAAACAACCUUUUUCUGGUCAUACUGAUUCUGUAGAAGAUAUUCAAUGGUCUCCUACAGAAGAUAAUGUCUUUGCAUCUUGCUCUGUUGAUAAAUCAAUAAGAGUAUGGGAUUCGAGAUCAGCACCAAAAACUGCCUGUAUGUUAACUACAAGGAAAGCUCAUGAUAGUGAUAUCAAUGUGAUACAUUGGAAUAAAAAUGAUCCAUUUAUUGUGAGUGGUGGAGAUGAAGGAACUAUUAAAGUUUGGGACCUCAGACAAUUUCAGCAUGGUAAACCAGCAGCAUUAUUCAAACACCAUAAAUCAGCCAUAACAUCAGUUGAAUGGCAUCCUACUGAUUGUUCUGUAUUUGCUGCAUCAGGAGAAGAUAAUCAGAUAACAUUAUGGGAUCUAGCUGUAGAGAGAGAUGGAGACAAUAGUCAGGAACCAGAUAUCCCCCCUCAGUUACUAUUUAUACAUCAAGGACAAACUGAGAUUAAAGAACUGCACUGGCAUUCUCAAAUACCAGGUGUGAUUAUUAGUACUGCUAUUAGUGGUUUUAAUGUGUUUAGAACAAUCAGUGUGUAA